GAAGAAGAAAAAACGUGGGUGGGCGUGCGUUCGGCGGCGGCUACUGAAGUUUAGUGGGUUGGGGUGGCCCCCGCACAGCGCUCGAUGGCCGCUAGAGCCUUUUCGUAUCCGGGUCCGAAACAGAGCAAGCAGGAAAAAGAAGGCCUGCUGCAGUAGUCAACGUUGCGUUGUCUGACGGAACUCUAAUCCUGCAUCGUCCCUUGUCGUGUUCUCUUUUUGGUAUUGAUUUAUUUUUGGGGAAUGCGUUUGUCUUCUCUCGCUGUCGCACCCUGAGGUCUUUCGUAUAUCUUUUUUUAUUUUCUUUUUGCCUUUGCUCUCGAUAUACUUACUGCAGAGCACACGCUUAGUGCAGCCUGCGUGACUGUCACCGCUCUCAGCUAUGACCGUCGUCACAAGAAGACGGAACCCGUUGGAGGAGCAGUUGGCUGAUGUCGCUCAGUCGAUAGAGCAGCUGGGGAAGAGCAGGCUCGUGGCUAUUGCUGUAGUCGCCGUCUUGCUAUUCUUGAUUUAUUACAAGAUAUCCUCACAGUCGUCCCCCGCAGAGCCCAGUAGGCGGCGAGUGUCGUUUAUUGAGCCCGUCAGAGACUUUGAGUGGCAGAUGCAAGAGCCUAGACAGCUGCGCCCUAUCAAGUCUACCUAUUACAUUACUAUGGGCCUACAAAAUGACACGCCAGACAACCUCAUCACUAUGGACAGAGACUAUCUCAGCCGGGUUAACUUGCGUAGAGCUACGCUAGCAAAGUACCCCCGCACAGCGCAUGGCGUCACGCCCCAAGGCGUCCCUGCCGUCAAAGAGCUCUACUCGUACCUCAUGUCGCGCUAUCUGCCGUCCAGAUACCCGUCCAUCUUCCACGUCCGUGGUGGACAAGUGGAAAACUCGGCAACAGAAUCAUUGUUCCCAAUAUGCGCCCCCGAAGACCCUCUCGAGUGUCUGCGCAAUUUGGCAGUGUCUGUCGAAGAAGACAUGUUCCUGCUCCAGGCCACCGAGAAGGGCCACCAGUGUGUUGCCUUUGUCUGCUGCUUCCCGUCGGGAUUCAACCCCAGCACCAAGAUGGGCCAGCUUCUGAGCGGCAUUCAUGGCGAUGUUCCGUCCUACGAAAAAAUUGGCCCGAGUAUGGAGCGCUUCUUUAGCAGGAUUGAGGUUGGGCAGAACGUCAAGCGCACCAACUGGUCGGUUCAGACACAUGCUGAGCUGUUUAACUGCGACGCAAACACAGAGCUACAAGAGCCCAAGGAUAGCGCGAGCGUCGAUCCAUCCAAGUCGUAUUUCCGUGUCGAACUUCAGACUUUGUCCCGCCUGCCCAACACACAGGCCAUUCUCUUCUCCUUCAAGACGUACAUGUAUCCCAUGCAGCAAAUCAAGGACGAGGGCAUAGGCCCGGACCUGGCAGAUGCCAUUGAAGGCCUACAGCGUGGCAAUGCGGUGGGCAUGUGGAAGUACAAAAAGGCAACGAUCUGGGCAGAGCCUAUUUGCAAGUUUUUGCGAAGCUAGCAUGCUUCGACUGUCUUUUGUUUAACCUUUGGGUUUUUUUGGUUUUGGUUUAUAGUUAUACCCCUAGAGUAGCUAGCAUUCUUGGUCACUUUCACCACGACAUGAAGAAGAUGCUAAAAGUAUUUGUUAUUUUAUUUUUGCCUCUCCUUUCAAUUGCAUAUUUCUACCCG